AGUAGACUGUCGCGUAAAUGAGUGGAAACGGCACUUGAAUACAGUGGGAAAGGAAGUGUCCUUCCUUUUCGGAUAACAUAUUUUUUUUUACCAAAUACGUGUGAGAGUUGGUUGGACGCUGCACUUUCUGAAUCUGAGCACUUUCACAAUCAAUUCGUCUUCUGAAAGCAGCGGUGGCAGGAAUUUCCUCAGAUGGUUUGCUAGCAAAGCAAGACCGCCUGACCGGACUCUCGCUAUAAAACAGCAGAACUUCCCAAUCAGCCGCUUAUUAUCAUGCGUUUCUAAACCAGUUAUAACGGCAAGUGAAGUUUUAAACGUCGUAUUUCUUGACUUAAUUUAACCGUAAUAGUCUAACUGCUUUAAUUUAACCGGUAAAGCCCCAAUAUUGUUAUCUGGCAGCUAACAGCAUGCGCUCUUUAAUAAUCUAACCGAUAACGUGAAAUGUCUCCAUGACAACGUGUGUUGUAGCAUUGAGCAUCAAUGUUACACAUCUGAGUCUGUAGCUUGUUUGCUUAAUGCCAAAGAGGAUGUUUAUACAGCACAACCUGAUGACAGAUUUUAGGUAGCUCACAGCUGGUUAGCGACGCAUCGAGGUCCAGUAUGAAACACGAUAUAUCUGCGCUUCAGUAACCGUGACUGGAGGCUAAAAGAGCCUUCAUUAUGUGCGAUAGCUGUGUCAUCAUCCUGUCGAUCACCUCCACUACCCGAGACUGAGAUUUUGUGGCUUUUUGAAACACUCGUCGUGAUCCAGUGAGUGUUGCGCAAUGGCAGGUGUUGGGGUCAGUUUGCUUUCGCCGGGUCAGCUGCCGUCUGCAUCCUCCAACUCCACACCCUCUGAUCCUAAUGCCCGGGGCUGCUCCAACGGGGACUUCAUGAACACCUUCGGCAUCUUCCUGCAGGGCCUGCUGGGAGUGGUGGCUUUUAGCACACUUAUGUUGAAACGCUUCAGGGAGCCCAAGCACGAACGGAGACCCUGGAGAAUCUGGUUUCUGGACACCUCCAAACAGGCCAUAGGGAUGCUGUUCAUUCACUUUGCCAAUGUCUACCUGUCUGACCUCACAGAGGAGGACCCAUGUUCACUAUACCUGAUCAACUUCCUGUUGGAUGCGACACUAGGCAUGCUGGUAAUCUAUGGCGGCGUGAAGGCCGUUAGCGCUGUGGUUGAAUGGAGACAGUGGGAUUCACUGCGUUUUGGAGAAUAUGGUGAGCCAGUUCAGUGCAGCGCCUGGACAGGUCAGUGUGCUCUCUACAUCCUCAUCAUGAUGUUUGAGAAGGUCAUGAUCAUGCUGGUCCUUCUCAUCCCACAAUGGAAGAAGCUGGCUACACUCAACCCCAUAACGAACCCUCAUCUGGAGCUAGCUAUCGUCAUGCUAAUCGUCCCGUUUUUUGUGAAUGCUCUGAUGUUCUGGGUGGUGGAUAACUUCCUAAUGAAGAAGAGCAGAACAAAAGCCAAACUGGAGGAGAGGGAAGCAGAAGACGACCCUCGCGGCAACAGCAAAGUGCGCUACAGAAGGGCACUGUCACACGAUGACUCUGAAUCAGAACACUCUUCCUCUUGUGCUGGUCAGAUCCUGUUCUCCGCAGAUGACGAAAUGGAGGAUUCAGAUGGUGACGACGAUGUACGAAGAAUCACAGGGCUCAAGUCUGUUAAGAAAAAGAAGCAUCGUCUUGGUAUUCCAGUUUGAGUUCAAAUCAGUUUGGACUUGAGGCCUCCCUCAUUCCCAUGACCCCAACUCAUUUACCAGAGCAUAGAUCAGCAAGUGAGGGGCAUGACUAACUCAGCCUUUGAAUUGUAGGGUAACUGACCCAGGCUCCAGUAAACACAUGGACCCUCCCGACAUUGCUAGAAAGAUUUUUUGCUACCCUAUGCCAUAGAUGAUCAUGCGGUUUUUGGACCUGUCUAUUGGGUAUGAUCGGACCAUAUUAUUUUUUGUCUUUUUUUUUUUGCACAUUUAUAAUUCUGCUUAACCAUCAUGUGGAUAUACAACACGGCUACAUCUCCUUGUAAAACCAGCCUAAAACUAUACAAAUAACGUGCUGAUGUUCUGCUGAGAUAAGUACCUUUUAACCAUAUGCAUGUGAUUGAUCACACUGACUUGGAUAAACUGUUCAUUGUCACUCAUAGUCGGUUUCUAAAUGUGUUUGUGAGCGUAGCUGCGACAGAGUUUUGUGCACGUCAGCUGUGUGGAAAUUGUGCUGAUAAAUGUUACGGAAAACCAUUCGUCAGCAGUGUUAUGAGCUGGUAUUAUAAUACAGUUGGUACGGUCUUACAAUGUCUGUUUUUAACCAUUAGGCAGCAGCCAAAAUGAUAAGGUACGAAAAUCCAGAGAAAGCUGUUUUUAUUCCCCUAGUCUGAUGGCUUGUCUUACUGUUUGGCUUUUGAAAGUAUAUCGGUCUCAAUUCAGUGUGUUGCUGUGUUUUUCUGCCUUUGUUUUUUCCCUGUAUUUAUUUGUUUUGGGGGUUUUUUGUGGCCUAUUGAAGGGACAGUUCACCCUAAAAUUAUUUACUCACCCACAUGACAUUCCAAACCUGUAUGACUUUCUUCUGUAGAACACAUAUUUUGAAUAAUGUUUCAGUCCAAAAAACAUUUUGGAUCCCAUUGAUUUUCAAUGUAUAAACGCAAAGACAUUUAACAUUUUCUAGCAUUUCACAGAAGAGCGAAAGUCACGUGGCUUUGGAAGACUGUAAGGGUGACCAAUCUAUGAUGUUUUUCAUUUUUGGGUGAACUGUCCUUUAAAAAUGUAUUUCAUUUUUGUUACUUGUUGCAGGACGUAACCUUUUGCACAGUUUGGUGUUACAUUGUGGUCUCUUUGUAUGCGGUAUUACCUUUUUGUUUCUGUUUCUUUUUUCUUGUCUAAGCAUUACCAUUCACCUCUAUGUAAUAUUUACCAGUCAAACACUAAACCAGUGUCUUUCUUCCAAAUACUUUCUCAUCCACCCUCACAUGUUUCUGCUCUAUAGAACAUUUGAUUUUAUUUCAAUACUAAAGCACAAAUUUGGAGAAUGGUGAUAUGCAUUUUCUGUGAAGGGGAAGACAUCUGUAGUUUUAGAGUGAGAGUGAAUGAAAUUUGGAGUGCAGGACCAAUUAUCUUAUUGCUUGUAUUGUUUAACUGACAUUUAAUGGACCAAGUUUGUGGGAGUACCAUAUUUGCACACAGUGUAGGUUUGUUUUACUGGGAUGAAUUGAUACCUGGCUUUCUGGUCAGGCUUGCUGAAUGAACACGCUUACUGAUAGGGUUUUGAUUUUGAAUAAGUGGAACUGUAACUACCAUUCCCUCUCUGGGUUUGAUUCUGACUAUUUUUAGAGAGUGGUCUUGAUUAGAGUUGGAAGAUAAUGAAACAAAUUGGAUGUGGAGAGGGGUUGAGUACUAAACUAUAUUAGAUGAUUUAGAAUUACUGACAAAUUAUGAACUUGUGUAUGCUUUUUCAAUAAACAGUGUCAACACAGCAA